AUGCUAAACUUGUCUGUCGAUUUCAGAAAGCGCCCAAAAUGGCAUCAACGCGCUACUAUUACAGCAGCUGCUCUACAUGAGCUGGCAACUAGUAUCAUAUCUGGACACCGUGUAACAAACAUGCAUCCAGACUGCAUAGAAUACUUCAAGAGUGUCGAUCAAUUGGAUUUGAUAAGCAAUAUGCCGCCAGUGAUGGAUGAAGUACUGUGGGCUACUAUGUGUCGCUUACGCCGUGCCAAAAUAGAAAACGAAAUACGCAUGCGCGCGAUAGUGUUAGAGACAGCAUACGUAGACAGCACAAAUGCAGGGUGGAACAAGGCGAUACAGGCGCGCCGUCAACAGCUCGCACUCACUCACGACCGUAUCUUACAACAUCGCGAGACAGUCGAAUUUAACUCCCGGAACAAGACUAUUCAGUUAGUUUUACCGGCGGGCCAGGUAGAGAUUUUGACAAGCGGUCAUAUGGAAGACUUUGAAGACGCUACACUCAUACUACGAGAAGAGAUAGAGAAAAUUAAUAACUUAAUUUUGAAAGUUGGUGAAAUGAAGCUCCGAAUGAUGCGUAAACAAAUGGAGUUCCGCAAAGGCAUCUUGUCCAAGGAGUGGGAGCACGCACAAAUGAAAAUGAAGCUGCGUCAUAUGCAGCAGGAAUUGUAUUCAUAUCAACGGCUUAAGAUACCAAAAGAGUUACAAUUUUAUUUGAAGAAUAAAGAAAAGGGUUACACGGAUGAACAGGAUUACGUGCGCUUAGAGAAGGAGAUGGAAGCCACCAAAGUGUCUGUCAACAAAGUGCUCAGCGAACAAAUCCGAAGAGUCGAAGAACUUGAAGUAAAGGUGAAUGCAGUGACGACAAAAACGGCCGAAAUUGAGAAGCUAAUCACGUCGUUAAACGUAAAGGUAUCGGAGAAACGCCUUAACGAAGAUCCACUCGAGCCCAUCCGCAUUCGACGCAUCUUCAAGCGAAGAAUGGAGACGCUGGUAAUGCGUAGCAAUCUGAUCCGCGAUGUCCAGAGCAAUCACACCACCAUCGUGCUUCUACAGACCGAACUCGAGUUGUUGCGUCUGCGCACAUACCCUACUCUUGCAAGCUUUCGUACUAUCAACUGAUACACUGAAUAUCCGAUA